AUGUUGUCUUUGCUCGUUAUUCCUUGGAGCCAGCAUUGCGGCUUGGAUCGCCAACGAUUCAAUGGCCGCUUUCUUUAUCCUCUUGUUCAUGUGUGGUUCUCAAGUCAAUUCAAGGAAAAUCGACGACCCUUGGGAAACGUGGACUUAUCAUCUGAGAAACGCCGUGUGGUGCCAUGGAAAGAACUUGAAGUGCCGGCGUUAGUAAACGAUGCUCUUGAAAGUCUGCUUGAUCAAAUUAUUGAUGAAUACGUGAAUAAUUGGUACGAAUCCGAGAUAAGUCAUGAUCGAGCAUUCAUCAAUGAGAUAAGGUAUCAGAUUCGUUUUGCGUGUUCUAAAGCUUUAAUGAAAGCAGCGGCGCUUGAUCUGCCAACAAUAGUCGCCGAAGACUUUCUACCGACUAUCGCUUUACAUAUGCAUCGAAUCAUGGAAAUAGAGAACGAAGUCUCUGAGAAGGCAGGUUUUAUCCACCUCAGUUAG